AUGGACUUUCGCUCCCAGCAGUCCCCGCGGGGCAACGACCCGGCCAUGCAUUCGUUUGUCUCACCUCCUCGCAACACCUCCAGAAUGCCUGGUUCGCAGGUCAACCCUCACACCGGUGCUCACGACCAUCGAUCUGGCCUUCCUCGUCGCUUUACGACCGAUUCUGGGCGAGUCCCGACGUUAAACUCACUGGGGGCUCAGCGAGGACAAGAAGCUCCUCAGGAUUAUAAUACAGUGCAUAAAGCGCAAUUGACUCAAAUCGAGAAGAAGAAGAUGGAGUACGAGCGAAUUCGGGAACAAAGGCGGCGUUUUGAGCUUGAGAUGCAAAAGUUAGAUCAGCAACAAAGACGGGAAGCUUUGGAACUUGCUCAAAUGGAGGAGGAAGCUGGCCGAAUUGCUGGCCACCAGUCCGAGCCCACCACACCUCCCGAAUACCGAGACAACUCUGGAUUUCCCACGUUUUUAUCGAGACCGAGUCGGUAUUCCAUGUCUAGCCUGACCUCCCCUCCAGGUUUCUUCAACCGCCAAGUCCGAUCCGGCUCUCAGCUCGCUUCCCCCCAAUCUGGUAUUAGGCAAGCACGCUACGGCUUCGACGACACCACAACCCAGAUGCCUUCCCGUUCUGUCCCGACUACGCGCCGGAAUAGCGACGAUGAGAAGGAGGAGGCUGUUCGACAGGAUCCUAGCAGCCAUCGUUCGGGCAAUGCGUAA